AUUACGUUCCCAGACUGAAGCAGCCUUGGGUGACACCGAUAUGACCAACCUGUCCACAUGUGAGCUUACCGUGUCCUCGACCGACAGUAAUGCAAGUGAGGACGAUCUGACUGAGAAGAUGGCCCAUGUGUGUAACCUGCUAGCGGCACUGCGUCGGUCAUUGCAGGGUCUUCUGAAUCAGACAGUGGCACCUCCUCAGGCGUCGGCCAGGGCAUCGCUUCUGUCGCGGUAUGCCCGGUACGUGGAGGAAGAGUACGUUGCUCUGCAGGAAUCUGUGGACCUCCUCAUGAGAAGGCUGCCUUACCUCAAACCACAAGAACCUCAGCGCACUGUCAAUGUGGUGUCGGAGUUGCGUGUGCAGUGUGACGGAACUGUUGAAGCUGCUGCAUCCGUUUUCUUCUCGCCUGCCGGUGGCCAAGACACCACAGAUGAAGAAUCUUUUGCUUCUUUCGAAGAAGAACAGAGCGCUUCAAAUGCACAGGGAGGUCCUCAAGAGCCUCAGCCAGAGCCCAAGAUAGACAAGAGUGAAGCGUUGAAGGCAAGACUUGUGGCGCUUGCAGUCAAGCUAGACGUCUUCUUGCGAGCGCUUGCAGAGUUUGACAGAAAGGAAACUGUUGACGAAACGAGUCCCGAGAUGCAAAGCAAGGAAUGCAUAGAGCUCCUUGACUACCUUGAGAUGUGGGCCGUGCGCUUCAAUGAAUUUCUCGGACAAGUCAAAGAAACAUCCUCCGAAGUCCUGCAGAUUCUGCAUGAUACUGCAGUUCCUGUCGAGGAUUUUGGUGGAGAGAACACCUUGGUGGUGUCGAAACUUGCAUUGCUUCGGCGUUUAGUGCUGUCUGCUCUUCAGCAAAGGGACGACCUCGAAAAAGGCGCAAGGACUCUCGAACAAAACCUUCUAGACGAACAAGCCACAGUGAAUACGUUGCGACAAGAGCUGGAGGAACAGGUGCAGAAGUGUAGUCAUCUGCAACUUGAACUGCUGUACACACAGCAGCAGCAGCAGAGCAUGACUGCUGCAGCUGAGGCGGAGAGCUUAUUGAGAAAGAUCGAGGAGUAUAAGCAGACUGUCAGUCAGCUCAGCAGCGCACUCGAAGAAGUUGAGGACACGCUCCAGGCUGCGCAUGCCGAGAAGCAGCAAACCGAAGCAAAGGCCGCAGCCCUUCAGGAUCAAUGCACCAGAGCAGAAGAGCAAUACCAACAAGUUCAGAUUGAGCUCUUGCAAGCUAAGGAAGCUGCUGAAAGAGCACAGGCUGAGAACGACAAGCUUGUCGUUGACCUUGAAAAUGCUGAAGCAGCCUCCCAAGCCACUGUGAAUCUGGCCGAGCGAAUCGACGAGCUGGAUAAGGAGCUGGCUGAAACAAGGCGCAAGAAAGAAGAAAUGGAAGAGAGACUGGAGAGCGAAAGCCGCCAGCUGUCUGCUUCGAGGUUGAGCGUUGAAGAGCUGUCGGCGACUAACAAAGUGCUCCAAGAGUCCAUCGCCAUUCUAGAGGAGGAGCUGCAGGGAGUCAGAGCAGUGCAGGAGAAUCAAGUGGCCGAGAUUCGCAGCAUUUGCCUGGCCAUGGAUGUGGCCUUCACAGAGAUCUCCGCGGUCGGAGACACAGGAGUGGACUUGGGUGUGCUGAGGGACGCCCUGAGCCAAAGGCAGCAGGAAUUCAGCAGCCAGCUUCAGCAGCUAGCUGACGAAAAAAAUGCCGCGCUGUUGGAAGUGUCCGAGCUCCGCGAGCAAUGCUCCCAGGCGCACGCGGAGCGGGAGAGACUUGAAGAAGAGAAGCGGGCGGUGCUGCGGCAGGCCGAGGAGCAGGAACAAGAGCUACUCGAUUCCGACUCCUUGCUCGAGGAGAACCGGAUUUUGCAGGCCGACAUGGAAAGACUGGUGUCAAAAAUGGAGGAACUCGAAGAGCUGAGGUCACGCGUUGCUUUUCUGGAGGAGGAGAAGAGUGCCCAAGACGAGCACAUUGCGUCACUCACGGCGUUCCAGACUACCGCAAGGCAGGUGCAGUUGCAGCUGACUGACAGAGAGCAGAUGAUAGCCAGCCUGGAAGAGGAGCUGCAGCUUAUGAGGCCCAAGGAACGCGAAGUUGAAGAGCUUCGGCAGCUCAUUUCUGUACUGGAAGGUGAGCUUGGAGACCUAAAGUCGCGGUACGAGGCUGCCCAGAAGGACCUCGAAGAGCUGCCCCAGUUGCGAGUGAAACUGCAGUCAGUCGAGGCUUCGGAGGCCGAGCUGAAGGUGCAGGUCGAGGCGCUGAAGGACCGCAACGAACGCCAGGUGCAGGAGAUGAGGCAGCUGACGCACGAACUGGAAUGCCUGCAGGUCUCGGCUGAAAUGUCUAGCGGCACUCUCCAGGUGCUCAGAGACCAGCUCUCACUCGAGAAGGAGAACGCGGCUGUGCUUACGGCAGACAUCGCUCGGCAAGUCGCGCAACUUGCGACGCUCGAACAGGCGCUUCAGUCUGCUCAGGAAGAGGCGAAGAGAUUCGCGGUCAUGCAAUUUGCCCUCGAAAACGAUCUUCAGACAAUGGCGGCAGAAAUAGAGUCGACCGCAGCACUGCUGAGAUCUGCGGAGGAGGAAAACCAGUCACUUCAGUCCCUUCUGGAUGAAAAAACUACCGCAAUUGAACACCUUCAGCAAUGCUACGAGACUGAGCACGAACAACAUGAGCAGACGAGAUUGAAUUUGGAGGAAAUUCUUGAGGAAAAGCAGCAGUGUCUUCAACAAUUGAGCAUGUUGCGCAGUGAAAUCAAGGAUCUGUCGGCUUCGAAGGCAGCCCUAGAGGAGGAAAUUUCCGCAUUGUCGCAAAAGCUGGACACUGCGGCGAAAGGCCUUAACCGAGCGGAGAGUGAAACUGAACGUAUAAGAACCUUGGUGGAAGAGAAGGAAGUGUUGUGUGCGCAGCUUCAACGCGACCUCGAUGCGGCAGACAGUCGGCUCAAACAGUCAGAGGCCGAGCUGGCACAUUUGCGAGCAGAACAGCAAGCGCACCUGCACCAGUUGAAUGAUACCGUAAACGAAAUUGAGAAUCUGACUGCCUCGAAAAUGGCUCUCGAAAACGAAGUGUCCGACCUGUCGCGAAAGUUUGACGCCACCAAGGAGGACUGCUCUCGAGCAGAAGAAAAGGCACAGUCCAUGAAGCAGGAGCUGGAGAAGAAAGCAUCUGAUAUCGAAAAACUGCAAGCAGACUUCGACAGUGCUUGGUCAAAUGCCAGCAUUCCGAAGACUGAGGCAAGCAAAUUGAAGGAGUCGCUGGAAGCGAGAAACACCGAUAUCCAGCACGCCCGCAUUGAGCUUGAGGACAUCCGCUGUCAGCUUGAGAAAGCAUCACAUGAGAAGUCUGUGCUCGAAGGUGAAUAUAAGGUUGUUAGUGAGAAGCUUCAGGAAAGCACAAGAAGACACGAAGAACUCCUCAAGGACCUCAACCAGUCAAAAUCAGCGUUUCAGGUUGCCCAUGAGAAGCAAGUUGAGCUGGAGGCAUUGACUGCUUCGUUGAAGUCUCAGCUAUCGACAUCGGAGGAAAAGUACAAAGACAUGGAAUGCAAGAUGGCCACCGCGAAGGCAACCAUAAGGCGUCAGGAGAAAGAGUGCAGAACACUGGACAACGAAGCCGAGCAGCUUCGUGGCAGGCUUGCACAAGCUGAAUCUGAGCUGCAGCGAUCUGGUGGCGGCGCACGCAUUCAGGAACUGGAAGCGAGGCUUGAAGAUGGUGCACAGGAGCUAUCUGAAAAGGAAGACCUUGUCGUUGAAGCUUGGAAGAAGGUCGAUUCCAUCAACACGGAGCUGACUAAAAGCAAGGAAAAGGUCGAAUUUCUGCGCACCUCGGAUGCGUACCUACAGGAAACGCAUUUCCGAACUGGAGAAGAAGCCCGGGGCCCAAGUGGAAAAUGAGGACGAAGAGCUCAGCGCAAGUGCUACUCCUGCCGCUCCCGCCAAUUCCUUUUCCACAGUUACGCAACAGCCACCCGUCGUCACGCAACUGAGCGUGUGCGCGCAGAGCCCGUCCAAGGCGGAAUUUCGCGUGACCGUAUCAGGCGCUCAGGAGCCCUGCCUCUGCUACGGGAACCCCGGCUGCAAAGAUAUUCAAGAGAACGUUGUCGCAGCCACCUUCAGCUGCCAAGUCCGCUGCGGGCGUUCUCCCAUCGGCUACUUCCAAGACAACGACGACGAAGCGGUCCCUCUUCUCUCAGCCACGGUCGCGGGACGGAACAGCCAGUGAAGCGACCUCGACGACUCCAUUGGCGGGCGUGAUGACGAGGAACCGCCGCACUCGGUCGACAUCCCAAACUACAGGCCCAGGAUGCGAGCCAGUAGUUCACACCAAGGUGGCAACGCCAAAGCAGCGCACUCUGCCCAUGCCCCACUCACAGGUGUCCGCUGCGGACAAAGAGAACGUCGGAGAGACCUCCCGGGUGGAUGCUGCGGAGAAGCGUAAGGCGCAGGAGUCCCCCCAAAUCCGUCCAAACACGAGGACUCGGAAGCAGGUGGCACUCGGACUGUCACCUUUCGGCAGGGACUCUUCAAACAUCCGACCAAGGACGGAGUCGACGACAUCUUCCCGUGCACGUCCACAGAGGGUUCAGCAGCUGAAACAGCAGGCCACAGUUGAAAAGGUGGUGCCAGCUCGAAGCGCCGUGCCUGCCACUGCUGCUGCAGCAGCAAUGGCUUCGGCUCCUUUACCAAAGACAUCUGGUGCACCUAGCGGUAUUGCACAGAAACCUGCAUCUGGUGUCAUGACCCGUUCUCAGCGAGCCAGUGCUGGCAAAGCCAAGGCAGCACCGAAACCGGAAGGCAAAACGGAUGAGCAGGCUGACUGCAAGAUGCAGUGAUCCAACUUUAACCAGUGCCUUUGUUCUCGCAUAUAAUUUUCAUACCUCUUCUGUGUGCUUGUAAGUUUAGAAGCGUGUGCUUUUCGAGUGCCACUUUUACUGUUCUUUUCGAUGUGCAUUGCUGUGUUCCUUAGUAGUAUAUUCCGUACUCGGGUGUCGUCCCCCUUUGAUGUCAUCAGCACAGUGCAACAAAACCAUGCAAAACAUAACAAGGAAUGAAGAAGCAGAUAGCGUAGGUGCUUUGCUCUCGCAGCAGCUGUGCAUUAUUUGCACACUUACUCGGAAUUGGGACUUUCUUGCUUUGUGCUCAUUCUCUAUGAAGUAGGAUUAUUGUAAGUAUACAAACAAGAUGUAUAGAUGGUCUCGUUUGAUGUAAGGAUGCGUAGUUCACUCAUGGUUACAGCGUCUGCUCAAGCAUCGCUAUUUUGCUUCAAUCAACACCUUUCGAAGAAUAACAUGACUGAAUUUGUGUAGCUGCAAAUUUGAAGACAGUGGGAAUAUGCUCACCGUUCGCGGAUGAAAUUACACUGCCAUCACGAAGAAGCUGGGUUAAUGCGCUUUAUCACUUGUGUGCAGUAUCCUGCGUGAGGGCAACCAUACUGCAGGCACAAACAUUUCCGUAUGAAUUUUUGUACCUUCGGCUUCAUUUUCCUCAUGAACUUCUAUCUUUAUGUACUACACCGAGAAGGUCACCAGUUGCAGCGUCGUUCGAUCGCGCAUAUCCUCCGCAGACAUGUGCCCGCCUUAAGUUAGAUGAGCAUUUUUACGUAAUUUAAUCUUUUAUAGUGUUUGUAAUCUUCUUUCUCGCUUCAUUAAAGAUCACGUCCAUUGAGUCUUGGUGUGCUUCAUGCAUUUCAUUUUUGAGGUGUGAUGUUUUGUGGAACUUCAGGCCUGUGUCUUUCUUGCAGUGUUGCUUUGUUUAUGCACCAAGAUAAGUGUGCAUCAUGAUCUUGUACAGUGAAUUUGCAGCUGCUGACU